AUGGUGACCCACCUCACAGACGCCCACACUGACAACAGCCACCUCACUGACGCCAACACAGACAACACUCACCUCACUGACGCCCACACAGACAACAUCAACCUCACUGACGCCACAACAGCCACCUCACUGACGCCCACACAGACAACAGCCACCUCACUGACGCCCACACAGACAACAGCCACCUCACUGACGCCACCACAGACAACAUCAACCUCACUGACGCCCACAAUGACAACAUCAACCUCACUGACGCCAACACUGACAACAGCCACCUCACUGACGCCCACACAGACAACAGCCACAUCACUGACGCCCACAAUGACAACAUCAACCUCACUGACGCCAACACUGACAACAGCCACCUCACUGACGCCCACACAGACAACAGCCACAUCACUGACGCCCACACUGACAACAGCCACCUCACUGACGCCCACACUGACAACAGCCACCUCACUGACCCACCUCACUGACGCCCACACAGACAACAGCCACAUCACUGACGCCCACACUGACAACAGCCACCUCACUGACGCCCACACUGACAACAGCCACCUCACUGACGCCCACACUGACAACAUCAACCUCACUGACGCCCACAAUGACAACAUCAACCUCACUGACGCCAACACUGACAACAGCCACCUCACUGACGCCCAUACUGACAACAGCCACUUCACUGACGCCCACACAGACAACAGCCAUCUCACUGACGCCCACAUUGACAACAUCAACCUCACUGACGCCCACAUUGACAACAUCAACCUCACUGACGCCAAAACAGACAACAACCACCUCACUGACGCCCACACUGACAACAGCCACCUCACUGACGCCACACAGACAACAGCCACCUCACUGACGCCAACACAGACAACAGCCACCUCAUUGACGCCCACAUUGACAACAUCAACCUCACUGACGCCCACACAGACAACAUCAACCUCACUGACGCCCACACAGACAACAGCCACCUCACUGACCCACCUCACUGACGCCCACACAGGCAACAGCUACCUCACUGACGCCAAUACAGACAACAGCCACCUCAUUGACGCCCACACUGACAACAGCCACCUCACUGACGCCCACACAGACUACAGUCACCUCACUGACGCCCACACAGACUACAGUCACCUCACUCACGCCCACACUGACAACAGCCAUCUCACAAACGCCCACACUGACAACAGCUACCUCACUGACGCCCACACAGACAACAGCCUCCUCACUGACGCCCACACAGACAACAGCCUCCUCACUGACGCCCACACAGACUACAGCCAUCUCUCUGACGCCCACACAGACAACACCCAUCUCACAGACGCCCACACAGACAACACCCAUCUCUCUGACGCCCACACAGACAACAGCCACCUCACUGACGCCCACACAGACAACAUCAACCUCACUGACGCCCACACAGACAACAUCAACCUCACUGACGCCCACACAGACUACAGCCACCUCACUGACGUCCACACAGACAACACCCACCUCACUGACGCCCACACAGACAACAGCCACCUCACUGACGCCCACAGAGACAACAGCCACUUCACUGACGCCCACACAGACAACAGCCACAUCAUUGACGUCCACACAGACAACAUCAACCUCACUGACGGCCACACAGACAACAUCAACCUCACUGACGCCCACAAUGACAACAGCCACCUCACUGACGCCCAUACUGACAACAGCCACUUCACUGACGCCCACACAGACAACAGCCAUCUCACUGACGCCCACAUUGACAACAUCAACCUCACUGACGCCCACAUUGACAACAUCAACCUCACUGACGCCAAAACAGACAACACCCACCUCACUGACGCUCACACCGACAACAGCCACCUCACUGACGCUCACACAGACAACAGCCACCUCACUGACCUUAACAAAUACAACAACAACAGCCACCUCACUGACGCCCCCACCGACAACAGCCACCUCACUGACGCCCCCACCGACAACAGCCACCUCACUGACGGCCACACAGGCAACAGCUACCUCACUGACGCCCACACAGACAACAGCCACCUCACUGACGCCAACACAGACAACACCCACCUCACUGACGCCAACACAGACAACACCCACCGCACUGACGCCAACACAGACAACAGCCACCUCACUGACGCCCACACAGACAACAGCUACCUUACUGACGCGACGCCAACACAGACAACAGCCAUCUCACAGACGCCCACACUGACAACAGCUACCUCACUGACGCCCACACAGACAACAGCCACCUCAACGACGCCCACACAGACAACAGCCAUAUCACAGACGCCCACACAGACAACAGCCACCUCACUGACGCCCACACAGGCAACAGCUACCUCACUGACGCCCACACAGACAUCAGCCACCUCACUGACGCCCACACAGGCAACAGCUACCAAACUGACGCCCCCACCGACAACAGCCACCUCACUGACGCCCCCACCGACAACAGCCACCUCACUGACGGCCACACAGGGACUAUGA